AUGUCCCACGCCAUCAAGCGCGCUGCCGUCGUUGGCGCUGGCCAGAUGGGCCUCGGUAUUGCCUACGUUGCCGCCCUGCACGCCAAGAUCCCCGUGUCGCUGCACGACCCCUCGGAGAAGGUCAUGUCCAAGUCGCUUACGCUCCUGGACAAGCUGCUCGACCGCGACGUGAACAAGCGUGGUCUCCCCAAGGACGAGGCCGAGGCUGCCCGUGCGCGCAUCACCAACUUCAAGGGUGACGGUACUGGAGAGGGUGGUGCCGACCUUAUUAGCAAGGACACUGACCUGGUCAUUGAGGCCAUCCCCGAGAUCCCCGCGCUCAAGGACGGCCUCUUCAGCCGCCUCGGCGCGCUCCUCCCGCCUCCCGCGAUUCUGGGCUCGAACACUUCCUCAAUCUCGCUCACGCGCAUCGCCGGCGCGGCCACGCAGACGGGCGACGGCGGUGCCUCGUCGCAGCGUGUGGUGGGUAUCCACUUCUUCAACCCCGUCCCGCAGAUGCGUCUCGUGGAGAUUAUCCCGGCCCUGCAGACCAGCGACGAGACGCUGGCGCGCGCGCGCGCGUUUGGCUCGGCGUGCGGCAAGGAGGUGACGCAGUCGCGCGACGCGCCGGGCUUCAUCGCCAACGCGAUCCUCAUGCCCAUGAUCAACGAGGCGGUCAUGCUCCUCGAGCGCGGCGUGGCGACCAAGGAGGACAUUGACACCACGUUCCGCCUCGGCAUGGGCCACCCCAUGGGCCCGCUCGCCCUCGCCGACCUCAUCGGCCUGGAUACCUGCCUCGCCAUCCAAAAGGUCCUCGCGACCGAGAACGGCGACACGAAGUACCGCCCCGCCACGCUCCUCCAGCGCAUGGUCGAUGCCGGGUGGUACGGCAAAAAGUCCGGCAAGGGCUUUUACGAGUACAAGUAA